CUAAAGCAGGGCAAAUAUUUUUGUUAAAGCAUGUUUUACAGAGCAAUCACAAAUCCCAUCAGCGCAAGCAACCAUCACGUAUUUCAUCUUUUCUCUAACAAGAGCAUUGUCAUUUCAUGGAGUGGGCAACCUUACUGAUGUCUGUCCCCCUCUUUUUGAGUUGUGGGAAAUGAAUUAAUUAAUUAUGUAAGAGAGGUGCAAGCUUUAGAAAAUAUGAUUUUCUGUAUGAGGAAUGAGGAUUCGGAAUGUUUGGGAAGGGCUGUGUAAAGUAAAUGAAAACAGCACUCCGGAACCUCUCGAAUAUGCGGAUCUUGGACUCCAGGACUUUCAGGAGUUGGAUGAAUGUAUUUUUGGUUCAAGUGAACCAGAAGAACCUGCAGUCUCCCUUGGUGAAGGUACAAGUAAACCAGGAACAUUUGUGUCUGGUAAAGGAACAUGGAGCAGACAAAGAGAGAUUGUCAAAAUUAACCUCAUGCACAUCCUGAUGGACUUGGGAAGGUGGAAUCUGAAAAAAUUCAAAGCCAAACUCAGUGAAAUUUCAGUGAAGGAAGGAUUUGAAAACAUUCCCAAAAAGAUCCUGCAGAAAGCCCGUUGGUUUCAACUGAGUGACAUCCUGUUGAAGUACUAUAGAGAAGAUUACGCUCUGGAGGUGGCUGCUGCUGUGCUGUUAGCCAUCAGGUGCAAGGACCAGGCACACAUGCUUCUUGCUCUCAGCAGGACUGGAACAUGGAGCAGACAAAGAGAGACUGUCAAAAAUAACCUCAGUCACAUCCUGAAGGACUUGGGAAGGUGGAAUCUGAAAAGGUUCAAAGCCAAACUCAGUGAAGUUUCUGUGAAGGAAGGAUUUGAAAACAUCCCCAAAGAGAUCCUGCAGAAAGCCUGUUGGUUUCAACUGAGUGACAUCCUGUUGGCGUACUACAGAGAAGAAUAUGCUCUGGAGGUGGCUGCUGCUGUGCUGGAAGCCAUCAGGUGCAAGGACCAGGCACACAUGCUCCUUGCUCUCAGCAGGACUGGAACAUAUGGAGAGAUUGUCAACCUGAAAUUCAUGGACAUCAUGAGGGACUUGGGAAGGAGGGGUCUGAAAAAGUUCAAAGAAAAACUCAGUGAGUUCUUAAUGAAGGAUGAACUUGAAAGCAUCCCCAAAGAGAUCCUGCAGAAAGCCCCUUGGUUUGAACUCAGUGACAUCCUUUUGAAGUACUACAGAGAGGAUUACGCUGUGGAGGUGUCUGCUGCAGUGCUGGAAGCCAUGAACCGCAAGGACCAGGCACACAGUCUCCUCAUUCUCACCAGGACUGAUGCAUCAACACCUGAACAAGAAUUUUCAUUCUUCCAAGUACAGAGACAGUCAUGGCAGCAGCUGGAGGGCGGAGAGCCUGAGCCCACUUCUCAUUCAGCACACUCUUUCCCCGGCACCACUUCACACACAUACAGCAGCAGUGUGGUGGAUAGUGGGUUCAGCAGCAGCACAUCCUGCAUGAAUGGCAGUGAUGGGUACACACACACACAGAUGUUACAAACUGCUGAACUUGUAGAAGACAACAGUGUGCUGAAUUUGACUGUUGAAGGCGAGAAGGAAAUGAGGGAAGAAGAGAUCGAGAAGACAGAGAUCCCUGAAGAAGACCCUUGGGACAUUAGACUGUGUAACCGGUGUCCCCCUGAGGAGAAUCUUUCAGGAAAAAUCAGGCCAGAAAUGGUAUGGGAUUCACAAAGGAGCCUCGAAAUCUACAGGAUGCACUGCCCUGAGGCUGGCUCCUUCCGUUGCUACUACAGCAAUCUCAUAUUUGAGGUGAGAGAAGCUGUAAUCAUAACAUACUGGAAUGAUUCAUGGAAUCAGCACCUGAAAGGAGAGAAGCCGUCUUGGAUGAUUAUCGCCGGCCCUUUGUUCAACAUCCAAGCGGAGCCAGGAGAGGCUGUGGAAGCCGUUCACCUCCCUCACUUCCUGUGUCUUGCAGAUGAAGACCCCUCCCAAGUCCAAAUUGCACAUUUUGUUGAAGAAGGGAUGAGUUUGGAGAAGCCAGACAGUGUGGAGUCAGCUCAUGUUGUCUUGAAAAAUCCAACGUUCUCUCCCCGUGGAGUAAUUUUUAGAGUGCUUUCAUCUUUGAUCAAAAACAUACGAGUCCAUGCUAUGACACUGGUCUAUCAGGCACCUGACACAAGCCCCAAACUCCACCUAUACCUUCUCCCCAAUGACAGAUCCUUAAGGAAGGCUGUUGAUGAACAUGAAAGGAAAUGUAAAUCGUGGCGAGUACAGAAGCCCCCUACAACCAGAAGGCCUUUGACUCUUGGCUCUUGCUUCUGUGUGCAAAGCUCAAGUGAUAUCGAAGUCAGUCCCAGGGAGCAGAUGUUUGAAUACUUAGAUUCUGACAUGGAUCAACAGUACUUCGAAGUGUAUGCGGAACAGAUGCAAAAACAGCUGGUGCUCAACCUGAUGGAGAAGGACACAAAUGAACAAGUGUGGGAUGCCACUGUGAGACAAGGAGACCUGACAUUUUCCUAUUUGCAUCCAAGCAAAGGUGAUAGUAGCUGCAUACAGACUGAUGAGCCAUCUGUUGGUGCUACCUUAGAAAGAAGUGAGUCACAUCCUUUGGCUUCCUCAGAACUACAUUUUAUUGAGCAGCACCGGGAUCAGCUGAUCCAGAGGACCACCGAUGUAGAGGGCACUCUGGAUUUACUGUAUGGAAUCAUCCUGAAUCAAGAGCAUUAUGAAAAAAUCACCUCAAAGGGAACAAACCAGGAAAAAAUGCGAAAGCUCUACAAGCUGCUGCCAGGCUGGGAUUGCUCUUGUAAGGAUAAGGUUUAUGAGGCACUGAGGAUCAAAAACCCCUUCCUGAUUGCAGACCUCGAAGGGAGAUGAGGCAACAAGGAGCAUGGCCCCCCCAGGACACAGGAAAUCCAACUGCAUACUGUAUGCAGGAGAGUUCGUAAACUCAAAUUACUUGCAGCACCAACUAGGCAACAGCUCAGCCACAAGACAAAAUUUGAUCUCUCUUCUUUUUGGUGGUCCUCUGCCCAGAGAAUACAUAGACUAGAAAUAAGUCUUUGGCCUAACUACAGCCUAGGACCAUAGGGUUCCCUUGGCUGGGUGAGAGGCCCAAUGGAGAUAAGAUAUAUGUUCCCCGCAGGCUUAUAUCUCUCUCCCUCCAGAGGUGUCAUAUACAUGACACGGUGGUGGUCAAAACUGGGCAGAGUGAGGUGGCCAGUUCUGGGAGAGGAAAGCGAACAUAGGAAGCUACCAUAUACUGAGUCAGACCAUUGGUCCAUCUAACUCAAUAAUGUCUACACAGACUGGCAGCAGCUUCUCCAAGGUUACAGGCAGGAAUCUCUCUCAGCCCUGUCUUGGAGGUGCUGCCAUGGAGGGAACUUGGAACCUCUUCCCAGAGCAGCCCCAUCCGCUGAGGGGAAUAUCUUACAGUGCUCACAUGUAGUCUCCCAUUCAAAUGCAACCAGGGUGGACCCUGCUUAGCUAAGAAGACAAGUCCUGCUUGCUACCACAAGACCAGCUCUCCUCUGGUAGAGAACGAACCCCAUCUGCGGCUCAUUUACUGCAUGCCCAUCCAACCCAUAGCAGCCUCCACUGACGGAGUCAUUCUUUUGUCUUGGGGCUAGUUUAGUUUGUGCUCCCUCUAGCUGUCUCCCUACAGUUCUCCCUCAUUCUGCAUAUUUGUACAUAAGGAGAUUUUACUAAGACUGAGUCGGCCUCCAGUACUCUCUCCUCCAAAGAAAACUGGCCCUGAAGGCUGGACCUCAUUUUUUUGCAGGGGUGGGAGGACUGGCAGGUUUUCUGGUAAUGUGCAUUCCUGCUGAUGGACUCAUUGGUUAUCCUGGAUGCCCAUCUCAGGAGCAUCCUAUUAGCUGUGGCAUGAAAUGGCUGGCCUACUGCCUAGAGGCACAAGGUGGACACAAAAUCCAAAAGCCAGUGACCUCCAUCCAAACUAAGAGUUGCCUGCCGAGAAUACUUCUGCAUACAAAGAGGGGUGAUUUUCAGCAAUCCCACCUUCCUUCUGCAACCUCCUGUUCAACAGGACAAUACAAGGUCUUGUUUCAACCACUGUAAGGUGUCAUGGACUGUCUCGGGCCAGUCCUGGCCCUGAAGGGUUUAAUAAAAGGAUAAUUUUAGACAGAUUUUAGUUCUUUAAAGAUGUUCUCAAAUGUCUCCAACAUGCCCCACUGUUUGUUUGUUUGUUUGUUUGUUUUUGCAUCCCAUUUGAUUUUUAAGGGCUCAUUCUGUUCCAUCCUGGUUUUGGCUGGGAAUGGGUUAAUAAUGUUUUAUUAAUGCCUGGAUUUCACUCCUGCCCUCUUGUUCACAUGAGUAUUUAAUAGGCCUUGUUGUUCCUGGCAAAUAAAUUAUUUAUGAAAUGUCA